AUGCCAAGGAAGGACAAGAAAAAUGGCAAAGAAAGUGGCGGCAUAUCGGCAGUGGUAACCAGCCAAGCUGCUGCCAAGUUCUCAAACGGCACGAGCAAGGGCAAUCACGUCAACGGCGGCGGCACUGCUGCCGCUUCCUACCAAAGCCGUCCCGCCUCCCAAGCUUCCUCCCCUCGCGUCGACACGCCCGAGAUUAAUAGGCCCUUGUCGUCUGAUCAUGGAAACCACCUUGUUGCAUCGCCGCUUCUUGACGCCCUGUCCUCGACUUCGGCAUCCCCGAAUAGCAUUCCCAACCUGACAAACGAGUGGGCAAAGACCGUCAUGGCCAGCUCUCCCGGCAACCUCAUCAACCUCACCAGCGACUCCCCGCCGACCCAGCCAUCUUCCUACGAGGACGCCGGUCGGCUGCACAAUGGCUGGGUUGCCGGCCAGCGUCCCUCCGCGAGCCCGUCACCGGCAUCGCUUUCCCCGCCAAGCCACGGUCACCGCCGGCCUCUCAGCUAUCAUUCGGAUAACCAGUUUCAUCUCGCAGGCACCCCUCCGAAGCCCACGAGUGCUGCUGCUGCGUACCGCCGGAGCUCUCUAUACUCGCAGUACCAGGCCGCCAGCCCUACCCAUCCGCCUCUGCCUCACCAACCGCAAGCGCACUUUUAUGGCGCGCAAGAUGCUGCCGACGUUGCCACCACUCCACAGUCGGGGAUGAAAGCGGGUGACCGCGGAUUCUUCCUGGGCUUCGAUAAGCUCCCCGCCAACCACGGAUUUCCAACCAGAGCCGAGAGGGUUGUUCUGGCUGGCUAUGAAGGUGGUUUGCAAGUUUAUUCCGUGAGCAAAAAGGGCAUUGAACUUGUCAGCAGCCUGAAAGGCCUGCGAGGUGGAGUCCACCAUGCCAAAAUCCUUCCCUGGACCGUCAACGACCACAACUCCUUCGUCUUUCCUCUUGUGGCAGUGGUAGUACACGGACCUGUACUGCCCACGCGGCCAACAGCAGAGGAAGGCAACCGCAAAGUUGGCGCAGCUGGCGCGACGCUCGACAGCAGCACCACCAGCCCCAGAUCCAGCUACGCCCACCCAGACGGCUUUCCAGCACGACCCGCCCCUCCCAUUCAGUUUUAUCAGACAUCUGUCGAAGUCUACUCGCUAAAGACCAAAAAGCUGGUCGACGUUCUUCUUCAGGCGCCCGAGCUGCCCAUCAACAUGGAAGUCUCCUUUUCGAGCCCGCUGUUCCAGCCUCCGUCACCCAGUGGAGCGUUCGGCGUGAAAGCUGACGCAGGCACCAUCGCCGUCUCUUCCGGCGUGACGGGUGAAUGCUGGAUCUACAAGCAGCUCUCGGAGCCGCGACGCGCUCACAUGUACGCUUGCACGGGGAAAAUCUGGACAAGGGUUCAACGGAGCAACCGGCCCGAGGUACUGGAAGAGAGCGAUAAGAGGAACUCUUCCACUGUUCCCCCGGCUCACCGUCCGAGUCCUCAGCUGCCGAUUCUUUCCUUGAACGGCCGAUGGAUCGCGUAUUGCCCGUCGGAUCCCUCGUCACAGGUAUCGCUGCGCGCCAACAUUGCCGUGCCCAUCCUUGGUCGCGCUCCUGGGGUCUCCUCCAUGGCGCCGCCCCAUCUUCCGACGCCGUCGGCGGCCGUGGACCUGCCCAUAUCCGACAGCGUGGUGAACAAGCUCAUGCGGGAGACCACGCAGGAACUGAUCUCGGGCAUGAAGUGGGUGGGACAACAGGGCUUGCAGGCUUGGAACUCGUACUGGAGCCAGCCGCCGCAGCAACACGCUCAACAGCAGCAAGCCAGGUCGUCAUCCCCAAACCAAUGGCCCAACCAAAGAGUCUCCCAGGCAGCAGAAUCCUCGCAGUUUCCGCCCACGCAUGGGGCUUCCGGAACGACCACGGCCGCUCCCGCAAAGGACCCGGGGCUCAUCUCCAUCGUCGACGUCGAAACACUCCCGGCCUCGGCCACUGUCCACCCGCUCGCCACGUUUUCGACACCGCUCGGGUGCAGUUUUGUUUCCUUGUCACCGUCAUCCCUGGCGCUCUUCGCGGCGAGCACCAAGGGAGACGUCCAGACGGUCUGGGAUCUCCUGCGGCUCCACUACACCAGCUCUUCCCCACUGCAGACGACGCUCUCCCAACACGAAACCAUCGGUCCCCAAGUCCGGCAGGUUGCGCAGUUUUCGCGAAUGACGGUCGCCAGGAUUGUCGACGUCGCGUGGUCAGAGCCUCUGGGCGACCGCUUGGCCAUGGUCACGGAAAGAGGCACCAUCCACCUGCUCGACAUGCCAGUCAGCUCCUUCAUGUGGCCGCCACCCCGACGCCGCCGCAAGGUUGCGUCCAGGGCCGGGGCAGAGGUGGCCGAGCCGUCUCACUCGGCAGUUUCCAUUGCCUCGGGUGCGCUUGGAGCGGCAUACCAGGCCGCGAAGCCCUUUGUUUCUCGUUCGCGCCGCGGCAGCAGCAACGCCGUGUCGCCCUCUGCCGGAACCACGCUCAGAGACUCCGCCGCCCAAGGCGGGCGCGUCAUCGCGGCCAGCAUCAGCCAUUCCCUCGGCAAAACAGGGACGGCCAUCAGCCAGCUUCGGCACACGGGGGAGAACCGUGUUUCGCUGCCUCCGUGCGUCCUGCCCUCUGCGGGCUGCAUCUCGUGGCUCAGAGGGCGAAAAUCACAUUCUCUGUCCUCGAUUGGGCGGGGCUUGAUUCGUGUCUUCCCCUGCAGGACAAGGGUCUCCUCCUCAGCGCCAGGCAAGAAGAUUUCCCGCGUCAACAAGUACAAAGACAUCAAGAUGCCACUGCUUCCUGACGACGCGGUUGCGCCGCUCGUUCGGCAGGUCGUUGAGCUCGGGGUGGCGGACGAAUACCUGGAGCUCUCCGAAGCGGAGAUGGAGGCUGAAAACACCCUGACGCUCAAACCACGGCGCACGCAGCCUGCUCCCCAGAACGGGCCGGAUGCCACGAUACCCCAAGCGGAGAUAGAGUCUAGCGCUCCGUAUCAGCCCUUUCAUACAGAUCGUCGAGUCGUGCUUUACGAGUACGCACGAGCAGAAGCCUCCUCUGUACUCUUGGCAUGCUCGACGCUGGAGGACAAGUCUGCGGGGAAGAGGAAUAGGAAGCAGAAGGAGGAGGAGGAUGACGAGAUGAGCGCCGAGACUUUCCAGGGCCUGGAAGCGGAGCCGGGACCAGCGCCCGCGCCCGCGACCGCGUGGACCUUUGGUCAGAACAUUUCCUCGAUCCAGCUGGACCUCGGGCUCCCGGCCUCCAACGACGAAGACCUCGUCGGACCGGAUGACCACAUGGCCUUGCCGCAGUCUGCGAUGGAGCGAGUGAUGCAGUAUGGGGACGCGGAGCAGAUUGUGGUGACGACAAGACGACGCCGGGGAAACCGCCAGGGCGACGGCGACGAGGACGGCUUCUUUGAAGACGAUUGCGAAGUGCUCGACUUUGCGGAUCAGCGCGUGUAG